AUGUAAAUUAUUGAGAUCUCUUUAGGAGAAGGAGCAGUUGGUUACGUAAAGAAGGUGAAAAUUGAAGAUAAUUUAUAUGCAAUCAAACAAUUUAACAGUAGACAAGGAUCAAAUGAAUAUCUAAUUCAUUAAUAGCUGAAGCAUCCAAACAUUGUGAACUUCAUUUCGGGAAAUAAAGACUACAUAAUUACAGAAUUAAUGAGUCCAUUUUGUUUAUUUGAUUUUAUAAAAAAUGCAGGAUCAAUGUCAGUAAAUGCUUCAAACUGCAUUUUAAAAUAGUUGGUUGGAGGGUUAAAAUACAUGCAUCAAAAAAGAAUUGCACAUAGGGAUGUAAAAUUGGAUAAUGUGUUAGUGGAUGAAUAGAAUUACAAAAUCAAACUUUGUGAUUUUGAUGUAAGUGUGAGUUUGGAUGAAGGGAAAGUUAAAAAUUAAGUGGGCACAUUUGAUUAUUUGGCACCAGAAAUUAAUCACUAUGGGGAGAUCAGUGCCUUAAAUCUGUAAGAAUGUGAUAUCCAUUCUUUGGGUGUCUUAUAUUUCAUUUUACUGUUUGGACAUCCCCCUUUCAAAUAGGCGAAUAAAUCGAGUGUUUAUUAUAGAUUAAUAAUUGAAAACAGAUGGGAGGAAUUCUGGCUUCAUUUUUAGAGGAGGAGGACCUAAUAGAUUCCCCCUCAUUGUUUAGAAUUAAUUCAAGGCAUGAUUUAAAAUAAUCCAAAAAAUCGAUUCACUUUGGAUGAGAUUCUGAAUAGGAUUGAGCCUGUAAAUGAAAUUGAGUAUGUGAAUGAGAUGCAAAAAGUCCAUCUUAAGUUGAAAGAGAUCGAGAGAGAAAAAGGGAAUUUUAGUUUUGAAAACUGA